AUGGAGCAAAUGCUCCAUAAUAGUAAUAUUUCAAGUAGCGUGGAUAGGAUAGAUUUAAGUGUAGGAAAUUCUGCAUCAGAGGAAUUAGGAUGUGAGAUAGUGAAGCAAAGUGUGGUACCUUCGUCGUCCCUUCAAGACAAAGUCAAGAUCGCGGAAAUUAGGUAUGCCGCAUUCUUCGCGGAACAUAAUGUUGCAUUAUCUAUCGCGACAGAUUUUCUUGCUCUUAUGCAAGAUAUAGGAAAAGAUCCAGGAGUGUUAGAGAGAAUACGAGUAGGUCGUACAAAAUGUACACAAAUUAUCAAUAAUGUUUUAUGCGUUCGGGAAACCGAACGCAUUGUAGAUAGUAUUCGUAACGCAAAAUUUUCUAUACACGAGGACGAAACGUCGAACUCGACUAACGAUAAAUGGCUUACCUUAGCGGUGAGGUAUGUGGAGCCAUGUAGUUUUGUAGUGCGUACAGAAUUAUUGCAACUAAUUCAUCUGGACGCCAGCGAUUGUUCAGCGGAAAAGAUUUUCAAAUCUUUCCGAUAG